AUGGCGCUCUUCAGAAACGUCUCUUUCGUGCUCCACGAAAACCACAACCCGCAGCUUGUGCGUGUGCUUCCAACAUGGAACAGUAUGCAGAAUUGCUCCCAGUUGCAAAAUCAGCGUGUAGGUGUCAAAGUUGUUGGUGAGAAUGCUCUUGCCCGACUUGUUGGUCACCUGUGUGGACAUCUGGAUCGGGUAAAGGUCGAUGCACCGCUGUUCCGACUCGUCAAGCCUGCUCUCGUUCUCGCUUGGAAUGUGCAACCGGGGGAACCCCUUGGCCACGGCCAGGUUGCUGUCCAGCAGAGACAGAUCUUCCAGUGCCCGCACCCAGCUGCACAGGUCGACGUGCGACUCCUGGUUGCACGCGUCCGUUGGCAGCCCGUUGAUAUUAAUGUUGACCUGUUUGCUGAAUUCGGGCGUCUUGGACUCGAAUUUCAUGUUUCUGGACAGCUUUUUAUAAUUGGACAGGUCGUAGAAGCCAAGAAUCGUGAUAUUGGGCUUCAUUCCACCGAGCCCAGACCCGAGAAACACGUUGCUAACCCCCCACGCGAACGUUGGCGCGAUUGCGAUCUGCACAAACGCCUUGAUCUUGGACAUGUCGCGCAACUUGACCCACGCGGCCCGGUGUCUUCGCAGAUCUGCCAGUCUGUCCUGGAAGCUCUCGGCCACAAUCACGUGCCCGAGAACGAUCUGCGGCCGCCAAUACUUGACGUUGUCCUGGCGCAGUUUCAAGAGGUACUUGCGCACCUGGUGGUAGAUCAGCGACUGCGACACGUCCCCCCACUGUUUUGGUGGGGAAAUGUAGUGGAUGAACAGGACCAGCGACAUGAGCAUCACGAUGAUGAAGGUGGCCGAAAUUCCGUCCACUAUGAACAUGGCUGCUCCAGACGCGAUGGUGCCCAUCAGCGCGGUGCUGGUGCCAAAAUACUUGAAGCUGGGACGGAAAUUGGGCGCCGACCCGAGUUUCAGCAGGAAACACGCAACGUUGGUGACGAUGAAUGUCAUGAGGAAUGCCAUGGUGAUCAGCGUGGCGAUCUGGUUGAUGUCUGCAAACAGGAACAAUUGGCACAGAAACCAUGUGAACAGGAUACCGUAGACGGGGUCGUCUCCUCCACGGCCAAAUAUUCCGAGACCGGGCAGGAUCUCGUCGAUUGCAAUGGCCUGGAGCAGUUUCGCGGCCCCCACUAUACCCACAAUCACGGAAAACACAGACGUGGACACUUCUCCGACAAUAAUCACCAGGAAACAGGUGGAGUACAGAAACUGGUACCAGUAGCCGAUAGGCAGCAGUUUCCAGACGACACCCGAUUCGGAGUUGAAAUUGUACAGAAGCGGUUCUAUCAGACCGGCCACGUUCAACGCUGCGUUCAGCGCCUGGCCGAUGUAGAAAAUGAUACCGAUGGCGCCUCCAAACUCAACUCCCAGGCUUCUGCUUAUCAUGAAGUAGGCACCUCCUCCCUUGACGGUUCCGUUCGUUGCGAUAGCGCUGACAGACAGCGUGGUGAGCAGGUCGAUUCCGUAGCUCAUCACCAGCAGCAACAGCGUGCCCAAGAUCCCCAUCUGGCCCAGGACAAAGCCAAACCGCAGGAACAUCAAGAUUGA